CGCGGAACAUACCUUAUGUUUCUGGUGUAGUCAUUAAUGAUUAAAAACUAGAAUCUCAGUAAAUCCUGAUGAAUUAAAAAUAGAUAAAUAUUAAUAAGCUACGUACUUGUCAGUUAUCAUUGGCAUGGAACAAAAUAAUAAUGCUCAGGUGUCUAAACCAGAGGUGAAUCUAAACAAGAAACGUGAAGACUAUUUAGAAUGGCCUGAUUAUUUUAUGGCUGUAGCUUUUCUUUCUGCUCAAAGAAGUAAAGAUCCUAGAACACAGGUAGGAGCAUGUAUUGUCAAUAGUGAAAAGAAAAUAGUUGGCAUUGGUUAUAAUGGUAUGCCAAAUGGAUGUCAUGAUGAUGAAAUGCCAUGGGGAAGGGUAUCAGAUGAUAUUUUAGAUUCAAAAAAACUAUUUGUGUGCCAUGCAGAAUUAAAUGCAGUAUUAAACAAGAAUUCAGCUGAUGUUAAAAACUGUACAAUAUAUGUAGCAUUAUUUCCAUGUAAUGAAUGUGCCAAAAUAGUCAUACAGUCUGGAAUUAAGGAAGUGAUUUAUUAUUCCGAUAAGUACAAGGAUGUGGCAGAAUUUAAAGCAUCUAAAAUUAUGUUUGAUAAAGCUGGAAUUAUUUACAGACAAUACAAGCCAUCCUGUGAUAAAAUAGUCAUAGAUUUUACCAAGAUAGAUAGUUAUAGAUCAGUCGAUGCUAGUACUGUUGAUGACCUAAAGGACCCCACUGAUACUCCUACAUCCUGAAUUACAUUGUAUAUAAAUGACAGCAAUUUUAUUAAUCAUUACAACUAAUCAUUAAAUGAAUUGGAGUUGUAUUAAUCAUAUAAAAUAUCUUACCUGAAUAAUACGCUGUAAAUUGUACUCGAUUGGUAUUAAUGGUAUUGGAUGGUAUCAAUGGUAUUUGAAUGGCAUUAAUCAUACUUGAAUAGUAUCAAUGAUAUUUGAAUGGUAUUAAUGGAACUUGAAUGGUAUUAAUCAUACUUGAAUGGUAUUAGUCAUACUCAAUGGUUUUAUUCAUACUAAAAGGGUAUCAACGGUACUUGAAUUGUAAUAUUGUAUUAAUCAUACUUGGAUGGUUUUUUAUACGCCCACAUGGAAAUGUGGACGUAUAUUGCUGUCCACAUUUCUUGUAUGCACGAUAGAGGCUACAGCUUUAAUCUGAUCUUGAUGAAACUUGGUAUGCAUGUAUAUAUUGAAGAGAUCUCGGUCAAGUUCGAAAAAGGUAAUAAUCGGAUGAACGGUUUCAGAAUUAUUGCCCUUCACUUAGUAAAAACAUGUUAAAUUUUGCUUGUUUGCACAAUGAAGGAUGCAAUUUUUAUCCGAUUUUGAUGAAACUUAGUAUACAUGUAUAUAUUGUUGAGAU